AUGACCUCAAGACAAAAGUCAUCGUUGAACUUCGUCGAAACUUUCGUACUUAGUGGUGCUGCAGCCAUGGUAUCAAGAACCAUGAAAACUCCGGCUGACAAAUGGGCAUACUUUGUGACAUACCAAACGCGAGAUAUUGGUGGUAUAGCUGGUGCAUUAUCUUUAGGUUGUAUGUACUCAUUGGUUAAUGCUCGACAGCGUCGUUUGGCGGAUUUUAAGUUGGGAAAAAGUAAAUUGACAUUCAACAGUCUUAUUGACGUUUACAGAAAAACAUUACUAACUGAAGGUAUAGGUGGUCUCUAUCGUGGUUUUGUCAUUGCAUGUCUUCAUGCCAUUAUUUAUCGUGGAUGUUAUUUCGGCUUUUACGAUACAUUGAAAACAAUUUUACUUGGACAAAAUCCCAACUUUUUUCUCUCGUUUAUACUAGCCUAUGGUGUUACCGCAGUGUCGGAUCUAAUCGCAUGGCCAUUUGAUACUAUUCGAAGACGUAUGAUGAUGCGAGACCGACUUUCUAUUUCUUGGACAUGUAAAGGCUACAUGGAUUGCCUAUUUCGAAUCAUACAAAAUGAACAAAUGUCAGCUUUAUUUAGAGGAGCUGGAUCCUUCGUCUUCAGAAGUAUUCCGGGUGCUGGGACUCUUGCUGCAUUUGACCUUUUUGUUAAGAUAUAUCUUCAUAUUAAAAUAUAUUGCGAGUAAAGGUGAGUCCGUGGUCAUUAUCUGUUUCGAACCUGACACGAUUCUCAUCAGAUGACUUUACUCUUACUACAA